GCACGCUAGCGACAGGAGGAAGAUUCGGGGGACGUGACGCCGCUUCCGGUGGGAGGGGAAGGGGCCCUUUUCACCAGGGACCGCCGGGCAGCAACCUCCCCGCCUACCUUGUACCUCAGCAAGGCUACGACUCCAGCAUCUACCCCCCCAACAUGUACCGCCCGCAGGGAAAUGAACCUCCCAUCCACCCGAAUGACCCUCGCAAGCGGUGUGAGAACUGCGGUGAACUCGGCCACAACUACCUGUUCUUGCCUUCCCGUGUUGAUGUCGGGAGGCCAGCUGGCAUGCCGGCAGGCAACGCGCCGCCCAGGCACCCGCCGCCCCGGCCGCCGGCCGGUGGUUACAGCCAGCGGCCGCCUUGGGCACACUCGUAUGGGCAGGCAAAUACGGCGCAGCAAUACGGCGGAGAUGGUUACCCGGGGGUAGCGCCAGGAGCAGCAAGAACGACGGCAGUGGCGACGACAGCUCCAUCUACAGGGGGGCAUGCGGUGACGCACGGAGCGGCGUUUACCAAAAUCCGGUGACGCACGCGAGCGGCAUUUACCAUUACUCGUCCCAACAGCAGCAGCCGGAGUACCUUUCCCCCCCGUGCAACAACAGCAGCCCAUCCCCAACCCGUACGCUCCUCCGGCGCCUUCGACCGGAGCGUCUCCAUCGACUGGUGGGAAUUUACAUGCGUGUGUGGUGUGGGCUUUUCCAAGUGAGUCUGAGAAUGGUGUGCUAGUAGAGCGAAGGGUCGACGGAUAUGCAAUGAUGAACGUCCUUGAUGAGAGUGUAGGAGACGAAACUUGGCUUGCAGACUCUGGCGCCACGAACCACACCACAGGUGACCCGAGGUGCAUGUACGAUGUGGUGAUUCCUCCGCCAGGUAGAGAGUGAGUAGUGAUUGGAGAUGGUAGGACGAUGCCUGUGCUUGGUAUCGGCAGCCUGAACGUCAAGUUCCACAAUGGUGGAAACGAUUUUUGCGUGAAGCUCACCAACGUGCAUCCCGUUGAGGGAAUGGGUAACAAGUUGUUUUCGCUUCACAAGGCCAUGGGAGGGCAACGCAUUAAGAUGGAUCCUGUAGGUAUCCACCUGUUCAACGGUGGAUUAACUUUUCCCCGUGGCGAGCGUGGUUCAUCCUUGAGAGCGACUCGUCUACCGCCCGACUACACGACGCCAAUUGCUGUGCCCGUGGUGACGCCGUUACCCCCGCCUCCCCCUCGCUCUGCAGACGUUGUGAGUGUGACUGGUGUUGCAACGAUUCAUGCAUUCCCCGCAUGCAGCAUUCUCCCCAAGGUGUAGCGUACAUGCCCUCUUCCUCGUUUUCUCGUGUCCCGCCUACCGUCACCAGCGCCGGCAGUGUAGUACCUCCAACGGUGUCUAGGUUCCCGCCCACUGUCAGCAGUGUCGUGCUUCCGUCCGCUCCGACGAGCGUUGUGCCGACCCUCGUCUCUGGUUUCCCGCCCGCUCCCAACAGCGUAGUACAUUCUGGUGACCCCACCGCCCACAGAUAUGCCCCCGUGUCGAAUUUUCCGCCCGCUGCAGCCGGCGUAGUACCUUCCACGGUGUAUGGUUUCCCGCCCGCUGCAAACAGCGUAGUGCCAUCGUCUGUGACCAAUAUCCCGCCCGCUGCGAGCAGCGUCGUUCCUUCAACAGUGUUUGCCCCCUCCCCCGCUGACAGGAGUGUGGUUUUUCCCUCCGCUCCUCAAGUGCAUGGUAUGGAGUUGGUAGCUGUUCCCGAGUUACCAUCGCCGGACGUCACCGUUUUUCAAGACAAUAGUGAGGAUGAUGACCGUGGGUUUAUUCCGUUCACAGAGCACGGAGAUUACGCGUGGGCUUUGUACCUCUUAGAACAAAGACAAGAAUCGGAUGACCCCUACGAGUUUUUAGACUUGAUGUUUGAGUCUGGAUUUGCCAAUGUCUUCGAUGAUGUUGCUUUCGCCGUUCCCGUUAUGGCCCCGGGCAAGCGCCCUUUUUCGGUGGGGAAACCCACCAAGAUUAUUGACGUUAACCUUCUCCAUGUUUCGUCCUCCCACGCCAAUGAGUUUCUUUUGCGUGAGCUUGCGAAGCAGCACGGUCUCCGACUGACCGGUGUCCUGCAGCCUUGUGGUGGAUGCCUGCAGGCGAAGGGGAAGAAGGCGGGCGUGCCUCACCAAUUGGGCACGCGCGCGGAGCGGCCGCACGAUCUUUGGUACAUCGAUCUGUGUGGGCCGAUGACGGCCUCGCUGGGGGGUUCGUUUUUCAUGAUAAUAUUCGUGAACAGCUUCUCGCGGUGGAUGAAGCUGUACGGGAUGAGGCGCAAGUCGGAC